CUGGUAGGUUUUACUUUUUCAAACUUGUUAUUGUUAGUUGACGCUUUUACUCCAGACACAAGAAACGAACGCAGUACUCCGUAUUAAUUUUGCUUGAUUAAAAAAAAUCAUCGGCCACAAACACAUCAAUCAUGUGCUUAUUGAUACCUGCUGAUCCACGCUCCCAACAAAUGCUGCAGCUUCAUGUUUCAUGCCUACUCCCUUAGAUUCCCUCCAAUAAGGUCUUCCUGCUAGGGCUUUUUUUUACAAUCUCGCAAACAUCAAGUUUUCUACUUCCGGAGUAUAAUUUUCGUAUAAAAAAAAGCCUCCACGGAGCAGGGUUGUAGCUCGGUUUGCUGAUUGAUUGGUGGCUAAAGUUUGAGUCUUGUCCAAUUUUCUUGGCGUUUUAGAAUUUGUUGUCAGAGAAGUUGUAAGCUCGAAUUACUGGCACUUUUGUCUGUUUCUUUUCUGAAAGGUCCGUCUGGGUACCACUUUUGAGUUAAUUUGUCAUCUUGCCGCUGGGAAGGAGUUCUUGAAGGUUUUUUUGAGUUUCAGACUUUCAGUUGUGGUAAAGAUUGAUUGUACCCUGGUUAGUUAGAUUAACAGUGCAUAAUAUUUGGAGUUUGGAUUUCAGUUCAUUCGAGUAUUGGGGAUCUGUUUGAGUACAACCUUUGAGUAAAUUUGACAUAUUGGACGGUUGGAGGGGAAUAUGGAAGGGGGUUUGCGUUUCGAUAGUGGUAACAUAUGAUUGUUCAAUGGUCAUUAGAUUAACUAUGCAUAGUAACGGUAAUGGUAAAUUCUCAAAUUUAAAAGAUGGAGUUGAAAGCCAUACAGUUAAGGAAAGGAAUGGCCAGAUUAAUGUUGCUGACUUGCUGUUUCAAGACGAGGAGGAGGAUAAACUUUUUGGUAAACAUGUCAAUGGGGUUGAAAAGCAAAGUCUAUUAAAUUUGGAUAGUAUGUCUGCUGAUGAACUGUCGGAUUCAAGUUCUUGUGAUGAAUUUGAUGAUAAAGACCAUACGUUGGGCAUUGUGUCUUCUGACGAGCAGUCUGAUGUCCUCUCUGCUCUCAAAGAACAUUAUGAUAGAGGAAAUUCAGUUCCACAUUUGUCAAGUAUAAAUACUCCCUCAACGACAGAUGUGAGUUUCGGCAAAUCGCCUCAUGCCGGAGGAGGAUUGCGGCAGUGUGUUACUGCUCCUGUUUCCAGACAUAAAAGUCCAUCCCAUAAAGGUGAGGACUUUGGAUCUUCAAGAUCUAUGUUUGAGAGAAGAAACACGCCAAGGCAUGAUCUAAGAUUAGAUAGACUUUCUGAGCGUGAGAAGCAAAAGCUCAUUGUUGAGUUAGUAAGGAUUCAAAAGGAUGGGACAGUGGAAGUUGAUCUGACUAAGAACGAACCUGUAACCUCUGAGUUGUUGGAGCUUCAAACAGUUGAAGAGCCACAUCCUGGAGUUGACAGUAUCAAUACUGGCUUUAAUAAUUCAGUUCCUAAGCUGCAAAUUGCCAUGCUUGUAGUGGGGACAAGGGGAGAUGUACAACCAUUUCUUGCUAUAGCCAGGAGACUACAGGACUUUGGUCAUUGUGUUAGACUUGCAACUCAUGCAAACUUUCGUGAUUUUGUUAAGUCGGCAGGCAUUGACUUUUAUCCUUUGGGUGGUGACCCCAGGGUUUUGUCAGGAUAUAUGGCCAGAAAUAAAGGUCUUGUUCCAUCAGCACCUGGGGAGAUUGCAGUUCAAAGAAAACAGUUAAAGGCCAUUAUUGAAUCACUUCUUCCAGCUUGUACAGAACCAGAUAUUGAAACAGGACAGCCUUUCAGAGUUCAAGCAAUCAUUGCAAAUCCUCCUGCAUAUGGACAUGUACAUGUUGCUGAAGCUCUUGAAGUGCCUAUUCACAUAUUCUUCACAAUGCCCUGGACGCCAACAUAUGAGUUUCCUCAUCCAUUAGCUCGUGUACCCCAGAGUGCUGGAUAUUGGCUUUCUUAUAUGGUGGUGGACUUGCUGAUAUGGUGGGGCAUAAGAAGUUAUAUUAAUGACUUCAGGAAAAAGAAGCUUAGUCUUCCCCCAAUUGCAUAUUUCAGUACAUACCAUGGUUCCAUAUCUCACCUCCCUACUGGCUAUAUUUGGAGCCCUCAUGUAGUCCCAAAACCACAAGAUUGGGGCCCGCUUGUUGAUGUUGUUGGUUACUGUUUUUUAAACCAUGGGUCAAAUUACCAACCUCCGGAAGCAUUUGCACAAUGGAUCCAACAAGGGCCAAAACCUAUUUAUAUUGGGUUUGGGAGCAUGCCUCUGGAAGAUUCCAAGAAAACCACAAAAAUGUUCUUGGAAGCACUUAAAAUUACUGGACAGAGAGGAAUCAUUGACCGUGGUUGGGGAGGUCUUGGAAAUUGUCAGGAUAUCCCUGAAACUGUUUACCGAAUUUCGGAUUGCCCUCAUGAUUGGCUAUUUCCUCAAUGUGCAGCUGUGAUUCAUCAUGGUGGUGCUGGAACUACAGCUACAGGGUUAAGAGCUGGGUGUCCAACGACUAUAGUACCCUUCUUUGGUGAUCAAUAUUUCUGGGGAGACAGGAUUCAUCAAAAAGGGCUUGGCCCACCUCCUAUUCCCAUAUCGCUCCUUAGCAUCGAAACCAUUGUUGAGGCCAUCAAAUUCAUGCUACAGCCAGAGGUGAAAUCUUGUGUAAUGGAGCUAGCAAAAAUGAUAGAAAAUGAAGAUGGAGUUGCGGGGGCCGUCGACGCAUUUCAUCGUCAUUUGCCUAGAGAAAUGCCGCUGCCAACCACCACCACCACCACAAUGGUGGCUAGAGAGGAAUAUGACAGGCCCAAUCUUUUGCAAUGGCUGUUUACGCGGGUUGGAAGGAUUGCUCUGAGGAAAAGUUAUACCCAACGCGGGAGUGAUGCAAAACUCAAUAAAGAAAUUCACCGACCAAUGACAAGAGCUGCAUCAUCCUUUACUGACUACUUGCCCAAUAAAUUUUAAUUAUGUACGAGUAAUUCCUUGUUACAAAGUUACACAUACUUCGUAUUAUUACAUAUACGAUAGUGUAUAACUGAAUGCCUUUGUAACGAUUUCAAUGUAAGCUUUUGAGCAAUAUCAUUAUACAUGGGAAAGUAAGCUUUUGAGAAAUCUAUGCACACGAGUAGAUAUAUAUUGUACUGAUUCAGCUGGAGUCUAGUUGAAUUUUUUCCCUUGGUUUGUAUUUUGUAAAAAAGUUGAAACCUUAAGUGAAAUUGUGCAUAGAGUGGCACCGUAUUGUUGUUCCAAUCUCACUAUGAUUGUUUUUUUUUUUUCUUCAUAUACUUGAUAACAUCAGAGUCUUAUAUGUAUG